GUCAAGUAGUUGAACUUUAAAGGUAAAUACGCUCACCUCACGGUGUAAGUAACUAUUCAACUCGCACUUUCUGCGCACCUAAUGAGUGCAAUGACUUGUUACCCACUUGGGCCGGCGCUUAGCGGAAGCCGUAGGCGACCCAGAAAGCCUUGCGCUAGCGUCUGGAAACUUUGGUCAAAGUUGUAGGAGCCGCAAACACGGAGGCGGCACUAUAAGGCAGUUUGAGUGUAUGUGUGUGUGUGUGAUUCAAUGAAAUGGGUUACAAAGCAUAAGAACCCGGAGCACGCUCCCUCCUCCGAUUCCUGGUCGAUAGCGAGGCGGCCUAAUCACCUGGCCUGAAUACGGGUUUUUCUUUUUUCUCGAAAUACUUUCACUCACUUUUGCCUGCUGUAAUGACCAUUGUGAGCUUGGAGUCGAGCAGCUCCCGACGCGUCGGUUGUCAGCCAUUGUGGCCACAACAGAAGGCGGACUUGGUUGCCAACAUCGUUAGCUUGGCCAGUGGCCGUGCCGUGCAGUUGGUCAGUUCCAAUCGUAACGGCACUUUGAGCAGACGCGCGCGUUCCCUAAAAGUCAACUAAAAGUCACAGCUUACCCAUUGCAUAGGUCUACUAAUUUUGGAUAUUCAGAGGCGGUGCAUAGCCCCAAAGGAAACUAUUUUUAAACGACUCGAUUGGACUUUGACUCCUUAAUGAGAAUCAAAAUGCGCGCCUGUGGACCCAGCUUAAUCAAAUAUAUUCUAUUUGCCUUCAAUGUUCUAUUUGCGCUUUCUGGUUUGGGCAUUUUGGUGGCCGGCGCCAUCGUCCUGGCCGAUGUCCGUGAGUUCAAUCACUUUGUGGAGGGACGCGUGAUGGCGCCGCCCAUUGUGCUGAUCGUCACGGGGCUGAUCAUAUUUUUGAUUGCCUCGCUGGGCUGCUUCGGUGCCAUCAAGGAGUCGCCCACGCUGCUGCUAACGUAUGCCGUGCUGCUGGCCAUCAUCUUCAUCAUUGAGCUGGCCGUGGGCAUUGCGGCGAGCGUUUUCAAGAAGGAUCUGGAGGGCAUGCUGAAGAACUCGCUGCAGGAGUCCAUCAAGCGCUCCAACAGCGAGGACACCAUCGCCUGGGACAAUGUGCAGCGCAAGCUGAUGUGCUGCGGCGUGGACACUCCGGCCGACUGGCGCGCCCUCAGCUUGAACAAGACGCUGCCGGCCAGCUGCUGUCAGCCGCAGUUCAUUGACGCCGCCGUCGGGCACUGCACCGAGUCUCCGGCCCUGGGCAAGGACAAGUACUACCAGGAGGGCUGUGUCGGCAAGCUGAAGGAGCGCAUCGAUAAGAAUGCCGUUAUCCUGAUUGGAGUUGGCAUCGGCAUCGCCUUCAUACAAAUUUUAGGGAUUGUGCUCGCCUGCUAUCUGGCCUCGGUCAUACGGCACACGCGCCAGUCGAACUAAGGAUCAGCCAGGAGCUAGCUAAACUCAAUGUUAUUUUAUUAUAUAUUAUGGAUCUCAUGUCUGUCCGCUUAAAUAUAUAGAUCUAUAUGCAUAUAUGAGCUAUAUUCUGUGCACUAGCUAAAAUUUUCUGCUAAGCAAUUAGAAUUCUUAACUCUUUUCAAAGCAGGCGAAAUUUUCCUAAAAACUCUAUGAGUAAGGCGAGGGUCGCUCAGCAUGUUUAUAA